AAUCGCCGUACUCGUAUUGAGUGUUGCCUAAAAUAAUUGAAUCAUCUGAAUCAGCUGUUAAUCCAAUUUGUUGAAUAAGGAAACAAGGUGAACGAGGUAAACAAUUUAUUUAAACUAACGUCACAUUUUUGCCAAGCACGCAAAUAUAAAAUACUGAUUAAUCGACCGUUGCAAGAACAAUGAUUGAACUAGCAUUAGAAGAGGAUUUGCAUGAGGAAUUUAAGGGUGGUACUUUGAGAAUCAAUCCUGAAAACAGACAGGCUGAUAAUUCCAGAUUAAGUAACUCUGGUCUGCUGAACCCCUCUGAUAAAAUAGAUAAAGAUUCAACAACAGAAAUAAACACUGAUAACAAAAAUUGCCAUUGGAGGAAUGCUUUCAUUGCACCUUUAUCUUCUAUUCCGAAUAAAAUCACAGAAACGAUAUGGAGUUCCAAGAGUACCAAAGAAGCAAUUUCGACAUCGACAACAUCAAUUUCCUCAAAUGAAAAGACUUUGCAACCUUCGCUAAAGAUAAAUGAAGACCCAAAUAAUUUUUUUACAUUUCGUGAUGGAGUGAUAGAUAAAGCUGUGAAAGAAUGCAUGACCCACCUUUUAGAUGAGAGUGAAGGACCCGUAUAUUCAGCAUUUUUACUCACUCAAAUAAAUAAUUGGGACACUGAUAAAGAACGCUUAUUGUUAUUAACCGCCAAAAAUUUAAUUCUUGUGAAAUAUGAUUUUAUUGCAUUAAGGAGACUUGGUUGCAGAAAAAUUCAGUUCAGCGAUAUUGACGGAAUUGUCGUAGGCAAUUUAGUGUAUCCCAAUGGUUCCUUGAUUCCAAAAAUCAAUGGAUUAGCUGAUGGACUGUCAAGUAUUUGGGAAAAUUGUUUAUUCAAACGUAUGUCUAAUACUGAAAAUCAAGCUGAAAAUGAAAAUCUUGAUCAACUUAGAGACCGUAAUAUGAAAGGAAUUCGACUCCUACUCAGGCAAGAUAAACCAGAUAAUUUUGCCUCUAAAUGGAAUCCCUUCAAUGACGAUGUACCAUAUCUGACCUUCACCUACCAUCCACUUUUCUUCCAUAAAGAUUGCACCGACGAAAAAAUCCGGAAUCUGUUCAAUCUCGAGGCGUUCGUUGAAAAUAUCUGCUUGUCUGUGCACAAAUGGAAAGAGAGCAGUGUAAUCUUACAGCAUAACAUUCUAUUGGAAAAUUAUGUUGGCAUUGGGUCUAUAAUUCACAAUAGAAACUCACUGGGAUUUUUCAAAGUGAGGGGAAAAUUCAGUUUCUAAGUGAAUAAAAUUCGAAAUGUUGUUGAUGUGAUAUUUUUUAAUUUAGUCAAUUACCAAUGCUUAUGUCAAAAUAGCAAAUAUUUUUGGACAAAUGAUUUAUUUACUUUAUGAAGAAUGGAUUUCUAUAUAUUUAUUUUCUGGGAACUAAGACUAUCUCGUGACAAAUCAUGGAAAUAUCGAUGACCAACUGUUUACAUAUCACGGUCAUUUUGACAUAAUUGUCAUUAUAGAUUCGGCACAAAAAUAUCAAAGAGAGUUAUGAAUCGAUAGUAGUUUUAAUUCGUUGGAAAUUCAUCAAAUUCCUCCAGUAAUUAUUCAGGGUAUUAACUUUACAAGAUACCUAAACUUGCCAAUUUUAAAACAAAUAAAACUUACAUUCAGCUUGCUUUAUUCUUGUUGAAUGAUAGAAAUGUUUGUGAAACUUUGUUACCACGUCGUAUUUCAAUACAUUCCGAUACCCAAUACAACUUGUAUUAUAAGUUCAGUUAGAUUUUUUUGCGAUAAUGCGAUUGGGAUUAUGGGUAUAUCAAUUUAUUGUUCGUUAUCAGAGAAACGCUGCUCAUUAGGGUACUGUUGCUUGGUCCAGAAUUUUUAGAGUAUAUGUAUUUAUUUGUAAGUGGUUUAUGCACCUUCCAGACCUAAAUGUACCAGCAGUAUAUGUGAACAUAAUGUAUCGAGCACGUUUAUAUUAUUUAUUUUUAUUCAUUUUAUUGUUGAAUUUAAUUAUUGGGCCUAAAAUAAAUGUUUUUCUGUU